CUUACCCAACCUGGCAUUUAAAUGUCAAACGUCAAAAAGUAAGAAAUAACAAAUAAUGGCGAAGAUAUUUACCCCAACAAACCAAAUCCGGCUAACAAACAUCGCCGUAGUCCGCAUGAAAAAAGGCGGAAAACGUUUCGAAAUCGCUUGUUAUCGAAAUAAAGUUGUGUCAUGGAGAAAUCAAGUUGAAAAAGACAUAGAUGAGGUUUUACAAUCCCACACAGUCUUCACCAAUGUUUCCAAAGGCCAAGUUGCGAAAAAAGAGGAUUUAGUCAAGGCUUUCAAUACCGAAGACCAAACAGAAAUCUGCAGAGAAAUCCUUAUGAAGGGCGAAUUGCAAGUCUCUGAUAAAGAGCGCCACAGUCAAAUCGAUCAAUUAUUCAAAGAUAUCGCAACAACGGUUGCUGAAAAAUGCAUUAAUCCGGAACUGAAACGUCCAUAUCCCGUCACAAUCAUAGAAAAAGCUAUGAAAGAUGCUCAUUAUUCAGUAAAACCAAACCAGUCAGCUAAACAACAAGCCCUUCAAGUGAUUAAAUUAUUAAAAGAGCAAAUUCCGCUCGAGCGAGCUAAAAUGCGACUUAAGGUGAUUUCAAAGGGAAAAAUCGCAAAGAAAUUUAAAGAAAAAAUUAGCAAGAUGGAGAGUGUUGAAAUGGAAAAAGAAGACCGUGAAGACGACCAACUGACGCUAAUUUUUGUAAUAGAUCCUGGCCACUUUAAAGAAAUCGACACGAUGGUGCAAGCGGAAACAAAGAAUGGCUCUUAUCUUGAAGUAUUAUCAUACAAAGAGGUCGCUUCAGGUCUUGAGCAAUUGUAAUUUGUUUUGUUAUUGUUAUUUUAUUAAAACUUUGUGUAAACUUUCCUAUAUACAAAAUAUAAUAAAUUAUUGAGCUUGGA